AGCGUACUGAGGCUCGUGCUGAGGACGGAGCCGCGUCUCCUCCGCAGUCUGCUCCGCGCGUCUCCGCAGCCCCUUCCCCGGGAUUCUAACUCCUGUCCCCGCCGUGGAGCCUCGCCGAGAGCCGCCGGCACACGCCGCUACAGACGAGGAUGCGACAGGUCAGAUUCGGUCCCUCGUGUUCCUCCUGAGCGAUGACGAUGGGUCAGAGGAAGAAAUCAUGCUGGUGAGGCCCACCAGCCGCAGCCCAUCCCUGAAAAACUACCGCGGAUACACCAACUGACACGACCAUGACCCGUUUGCCCCCGUGAUUCUCCUCCCCUGACCCCCGCACCUUCCCCCGCCCCGAUCAACCCCCCGCCACAACCCCCCGUCCCCCGUCCCGUGAAGCCAGCAUGGCGACACCCUUUCUGUGGAAGCUGUCGUCCCAGAAGCUGGGCUUCUUCCUGGUCAGCUUCGGGUUCAUCUGGGGCAUGAUGCUGCUGCACUUCACCAUCCAGCAGCGAGCCAGCCACGAGAACAGCGCUGUGCUGCGGCAACAGAUCCUGGACCUCAGCAAGCGCUACAUCAAAGCUCUGGCUGAGGAGAACCAAAGCGUCAUGGACGGGCCCUAUGUCGGUACCAUGACCGCUUAUGACUUGAAGAAGACCCUCGCAGUGUUGCUGGAUAACAUCAUGCUGAGGCUGGGCAAGCUGGAGUCAAAGGUAGAGAACAUCUACAACGGUACAGGGGGAAACCUGACCAGUGGCACCAGCACACCCAUACCCAGUGCCACCAACUCUGAGAAGGUCAACGUGGCAGACCUCCUAAAUGGAGCCCAGGAGAAGUGUGAGCUGCCGCCCUUGGAUGGUUUCCCUCACUGCGAGGGCAAGGUCAAGUGGAUGAAGGAGAUGUGGCACUCAGACUCCUGCUACUCCAACUACGGCGUGGAUGGAUCCACCUGCUCCUACUUCAUCUACCUCAGUGAGGUGGAGAACUGGUGUCCCCGUCUGCCCUGGAGGACGAAGAUCCUGAAUGAAGAAAUCGACAGGAGGGGACAGGCCGAGUUCCGCACCAGUUUCGAGGAGCUUUACCGGGUGAUGUCACAACGGGAGGAGUUCCGCUGGAUGAUGCUGAGGAUCAAGCGCAUGGCCGAUCCGUGGGUCGCCGCCAUCCGCUCGCUGGCCUCCAAGCAGAACCUGGCCAAGCGUCGGAGGAAGAAGAUCUUGGUUCACCUGGGCCUCCUGACUAAAGAGUCCGGCUUCAAGAUCGCAGAGAACGCCUUCAGCGGCGGCCCACUGGGAGAACUGGUCCAGUGGAGUGACCUCAUCACCACGCUGUACCUGCUGGGCCACGACGUUCGCAUCUCAGCCUCCCUGGCCGAGCUCAAAGAGAUCAUGCGGAAGGUUAUGGGGAACAAGUCCAGUUGCCCGACACAGGGCGACAAGGUGGUCGAGCUCAUCUACAUCGACAUCGUGGGACUGACCCAGUUCAAGAAGACACUGGGACCUUCCUGGGUCCACUACCAGUGCAUGCUGCGGGUGCUGGACUCGUUCGGGACGGAACCGGAGUUCAAUCACGCCCACUACGCCCAGUCCAAGGGCCACAAGACGCCCUGGGGGAAGUGGAACCUCAACCCGCAGCAGUUCAACACCAUGUUCCCUCACACCCCGGACAACAGUUUCCUGGGCUUCGUGGUGGAGCAGCACCUCAACGCCAGCGACAUCAGGCACAUAGACGACAUCAAGAGGCAGAACCAGUCGCUCGUCUACGGAAAGGUCGACAACUUCUGGAAGGAUAAGAAGAAAUACCUCGACACUAUCCACGGCUACAUGGAGGUUCACGGCACCGUGCACGGCACCAGCACCGUGCACCUGCCGAGCUACGUCAAGAACCACGGCAUACUGAGUGGCCGAGACCUGCAGUUCCUUCUCCGGGAAACCAAGUUGUUUGUGGGUCUGUCGUUCCCGUACGAGGGUCCCGCUCCGCUCGAGGCCAUCGCCAACGGCUGCGCCUUCCUCAACCCCAAAUUCAGCCCUGCAAAGAGCAGCAAGAACACCGACUUCUUCAAGGGCAAACCCACCAUGAGAGAGCUGAGCUCCCAGCAUCCGUACGCCGAGGUGUACAUCGGUGAGCCCCACGUCUGGACCGUGGACAUCGAGAACCCAGUCGAGGUGGAGAAGGCCAUCCACUCCAUCCUCAGCCAGAAGAUCGAGCCCUACCUGCCCUACGAGUUCACCUGCGAGGGGAUGCUGCAGAGAGUCAACGCCUUCAUCGAGAACCAGGACUUCUGUCACGGGCAGGUGAUGUGGCCUCCUCUCAGCGCCCUGCAGGUCAAACAGGCCGAGCCCGGGCGCACCUGUAAGCAGGUGUGUCAGGAGGAGCAGCUCAUCUGUGAGCCGUCCUUCUUCCAGCACCUCAACAAGGACAAGGACCUGGCCAGGUUUGGCGUGGACUGUCAGACGGUGGAGUCGAGCUCCGACACGUUGGUCCCCGCCUACAGCGACACUCGCCGCCACUGCAUCUUCCAGGCCGACCUGCUGCUGUUCAGCUGCGCCGGCGCCCACCAGACGCUGCGCCGCAUCUGCCCCUGCCGCGACUACAUGAAGGGCCAGGUGGCGCUGUGUAAGGACUGCCUAUAGCAGCCACACGCCAGCCGACGGGACGGGGGGGGACACAGACGCUGGCGAGGUUCGAGGGCGGAGAGCAGCUUAACGAGUGUGUGAGUGUGUUUGAGAGACACACGCACUCCUGCAGCUGUCAAACACACACACACACUGAACUCCCGUGUGUGUGCGGACAAACAUUCAUGAGACUGUGUGUGUUCCUCGUCGUCAUUGUUCUGAAGCCGAGUCACUCCUCAGAUUCACCAGCAGGGGGCGCCACAGGUCCCUGGAAGGGAAGUGGAAUGACUUGAGUCGACAAAGGGAUUCAAACAGGAAACGCUGCAGCUCCGCAGGCCGCGCGUCCGUGACGUUCAACAUGGCGGCACGGUCAUGCCCCCGACAGCUGCCCCGCCCACCUCACCUGGACCCGCCCCUCCCCUCCUCCCCACUGAAAUCUGAAACUGCUCAUUGUUUAGGUAGGUUUGCACUGGACUGGCAUGCCCGGAGGCCCGCCCCCCCCCAACACACACAUAUCUACACACACGCAUAGGGGGAGGGGCCUGACAAAUGGCGGCUAAAAAAAAACGAAACCAGUUUUACACUGUAACCGACUUGUUCCCCUCUCGUGGACGGACGGGACGAGAGCGGACAUGUAACAUAGAUAUCUAGAUUUUUAUUCUGGAACUUUUAGCGUUUCCUGACACAUCCUCCAGAUUUCAUUCCCUCACGAGUGGGAGCGACCACGUGCGGGUUCUAGCCGCCGGCGUCUUAUUCAAACGUAUCAAGAGGAGCGAGUGUUUGUGGCCAGUAGAGAAUUGUAAAUGUUUCGGUCCUCCGGUACGACGCCCACCAGGCGGCGAGGGCUCGUUCUCUGCAGUCGUAGGAACGUCGUGACUUAGACACGUGGUCGGUAGCGGUGGGGAGACCCAGACGCGUCCGUACGUGCACAAAGUAAAACACGCACUCGUGUCAUCGACCACACAACAGCAGCUGUAAAUCCCUCUAACGCAAACCACGCGCCUCCUCGCUCGCCCCGCGUCAUCGUCAGGAUCUUGAUUUGCCUGCAGGUUUAAGAUAAAAAAAGUUCAAUUGUAGUUAUUUGUGGUGAAUGAAAAAAAAAAAGGUGCACUACGUUUAUCUAUUAGAGGUUCGAGGAGAUAUUAGUAACACUGUAUAUUGUUCAUAUGGGUUUUUAUUUAUUUUGUAUACAGAUCUUUAUCUCGGUUUUUGCUGGAAAUCGUUAGUUUUUUAUUUAUAGAAGGGGCGUCGUCUUAAUUUUGUUGUUUUUUUCCUUUUUUAUAGAUUUUUAUUUAUGGAGAGUAAUAAAUAAAAAAAUCGACAAAAAAAAAACUGCUUUUCUUCAAGUGUAGGAGGGGGGGGGGCUUUGUCUGCUUCUGUUCCGCUUCCGGACGUGACGAGAAGAAAUAAAACACAAAUUAAACUUUAGAGACGUAGUUUCAUAAGUUUGAGAACUAGGACUCACUGUACACAUUAUAUAACUUUAUAGUUUUUAGAGCGUACAGAGGUAUUUACAGUCACUUCAUGUAUCUGCAAAAUAUAUUUAACAUAUUAGUCAAUUUCAGAAUUUACGCCCAAAUAUACGUUUACAGAUUCACGUGUUGCUGCAGAAACAAGUGAUUUAAACUUUCAGCUGCAGAAUUAAAAAGUAGAAACUUUAAUUUAUUUACUUUUCUCUUCUUCUCGUCUCUUUAAGCCGAACAGCUGCAGACAGAUGUGGCCUGUUUUAUUGUGAAAGGCAGCAGCGGCCUCGUGCACUUUGAUUUCCGAUCUGUUUUUUUUUGUUUUGCACACACACACACACACACACAGAGACACACACAGACAGACACACACAGAGACACCGUCCAGCUUUAUGUUCUCACUGCGUCGGCCCAGACUCGUGUUGUCUUUAUUUUUUUGUAUAAGCUUUUUUCAAGCAGGUCAUGUGAUCUGCCGCCAACUCUGCGUCUCAUGUGCCUUCUCGUGGUCACGUGUGUUUCCUCACUUCUGCUCAUUUCUUUAAAUCUGUUCUGUUGACGUGAAAUGAUUCAACGAUUAAAGAUUAUAUUUUUUCUUACUUUAAUUUAAUACACUUUGUUUUUACGUGUUAAUUAUAGAAUCGACCCAAACCUAAUUUAUUCAGUGUGAUGACUCAGCAAAUCACUGCUGAUCAUCGGUAAAGUAUAUGAUCAGUGGAUUUAUUAUUUAAUAGAGAUUUAAAUUUUUAAACUAGAUUUUCACGGUUGUACAACAGAUGUUAAAUGUUUGUUUCGCCCCAAACUGAACACGGUUUCACUCCUUUGGUUUUUCUGCACGUGACAAACACACAAGCGGUUUUUUCUUUUCUUUCCUCAAAACGUGUGAGCGCCGACAACAAGCAGCUCCUGUAGUUUAUUUAUCAUCGUCAGCAGAUUCCAGGAAAAGACCAAAACCAACCGAAGAGUUUUAAACACAAUUUAAAACUGUUCCAUAAUGUUCUGAAAGUAGUUUUUAAAUCAAACAGAAGUAAACUGACUUUGUUGGGAACUUGUUUAAACACACGGUGAUCAGGUCAUUAUUGGUUUUGGUCUUUUAAUGGAUUCUUGACUUAAUUGAAAAAGAAAAGCUUCUUGAGAUCAGCGGAGUUUUUAGAUGUUUGAUGUUCUGUUGCAGCUGAGGCCUUAUUUGUUUUGUUACAUCACGCUGUCGAUCACAUUAUCAACCGUUUGGUUUCCAGAAGCUGACUGAAGGUCGUGAACGUCAGUUUCUUCACCACAUCCGUUUGUUUUAACCUCGAAUGUCUCCAUCGUAAAAGAGAAGAACUUUAUUUCCAGUCGAACAAACGCAUCAGUCCUUGUUUCUGAAUCCGGAGCCUCAGUGUCUGAAACAGCCGAGCGGAGACGAUCGUGGUGAAGAACGACAACGGGUUUGUUUUCAGUCCUUGAUGAGUAAAGAGGGAUAUAACUUUAUUUUUAAAUAAACCUUUUUCUGUGA